AUGUCGCGUAUCCUUGGCCUCAGCCGCAACGCAUGCGUUGAACCACUUCACAGCAAUAUCAAGAGCUCAUCAACCGCCAAACCAAAGGAGGUGGACAUCGAUGCACCUCCUAUGAGUAGCUCCGAUUCUGAGGACGGUGCCGGGUUAUCGUCACGGGGAGACAUCCGGCCCAGUCGCUUCGACCCGGUUCCAAGGGACUCCCGGGUUCGGAAGCAAGACAAAGACACCAGUGCUAAUGUGAAGACUACGCGUUUCGGCGAACGUUCUAAACGGCGCAGGGAACCAACCCGGCCAGCCGCGAAGUCAGAGAACUCAGAACCAAACCUGCGCGCUAAACGCCAGGCCAGAAAGUCCGAGACGGUCGACAGUGAUGAUCCGACGGACCCUCCCAUCUCGAAAAAGUCCAAGCAGAGCCGAUUACCGGACAGCAGCGUUGGCUCCCAAUUUGAAGAAGAACUGUUGAAACGGAGGAAAGCGGCCGCCUCUCAGACAUACGGUCAUUCCAAACAUUCACUCCGUCUGCCGAAGCAGGCCACGUCGUCAACGAAAUCUUCCAAGCCAUCCGUAAAAACAGCCAUAACGGAACCGGAGAGCCCGAGCAGUCCUAGGGAAUACAAACUCGCCCAGCUGCCUCCUUUGCCGGAGCCCAACCUCAAGGAUGCCUCCUCACGUCUCACCUCGCCCGCUCGGUCAUCACGAGUGCCAAAUAAGAAAUUGAAGCAGCCGCGUAAGGGCGAGCUGAUUCUUUCGGCGGAUGAAAGGGACUUCAAAAUGCCGGUGUUCAAAAUGCCGCCGCCAAUCCCGGACGAGACGUCCCCCACGGUCGACGACACCGCGGACUUCGCCCGUUCUCCUACCCCGAGCGCACACAGCCCACCCAUUUCGCUACAUAGCACACCUUCUCCCUCGCCGGGCCCUGGACUUGCCGCCAACCCCCCAUGUUGCCCACUCUGCAGCACAGAGGUCGUUCAAGCAGACCUAGAUGCAUUCACAAAACUACACCCGCGGAUGAGCUUCGCCAACAUGCGGAGAUUUUGCGAGCAGCACAAGUUGCGGUCCGCACGGAGAACCUGGGCUGAGAAGGGCUAUCCCGAGAUUGACUGGCCGGGACUAGACCAGCGCAUCGAGCAGCAUCAUGACUUCCUACGCGGUAUUCUCGAGGGGGAGACACCGUCAUACUACAGUGAUCUAUUUCAAGAGGCGGUCCGCUCCGGCCAGAACCGGACACUCCUGCGAUCCGACGUGAACCUGACGCCGGGCUACUAUGGAAUGCGCGGGCUAAACCACAUGACAGAGAAUCUGAUCCACAAGCUUGCCCCCGUCCUGCGGCGGCGGGCUGUGGAGGAGAGACUUGUUAGUGCUCGGGGACACAUGACCUACCUACAAACAGUGCUAGUGGCUGAGCUCGCUGUGCGACUGAUUAUGGAGGAUAUGGGAGUGGGCGAGAGGAAGGCUAGGGAUAUUUUGAAGGAGAGCGUUGAGAUUGGGGAACUGGUGAACGACGAGAUUCCUGACGUGGUGACACAUAGUGAUGACGAGUCCAGUUAA